UGUUCGUUUUCUCGUUGUAAAAUAACCGGGUUUGGCCUGGAAUUCACUGGCAACAUGUUUUCGAGUAGUUCUGGUACAAUCUGCUAUGAGUUUGAUUAAUUUUUCGGUUAUAAUUUAUUUCACCCUAGGAAGAAAGUGUUUAAAAUGGACCAAAGAUCGGAAGGUAAAUGAAAACGGUAAUGUGGUUACAAUACAACGAUUUUCGACCGAGAACUUCCCAGAUGAAGACAUAAAAAACGUAGGGAAGACGUGUCGUAAUCCCAACAGCAAUAUAGGGGGUCCUUGGUGUUUCACAACAAAUCCGGUCACGUCAGCCGUUGAACCAGAAUUCUGCGACAUACCUUUUUGUGAUGAGGCCGACUGCAUGUUUUAUGCCGAUAGUCCUAAAAUAUACACCCGCUACAGUAGUUUUGGUGUUGAAACUGAAAAUUUAACGUUUAGCGUUAAACUAUGGGACCCUGAUGAGUAUUUCAAGGCUAAAGUACGACUGGUGUUAACCACGUUAGCGUUACCUCUUACCGAGGAGGAAAUAGACAAUACAGGGGUAGGAAUUGAGAUCUAUCUAUCCAAUGACUACUCCGCCCUUAGUCGCGGCAAUGCCGAUUCUGUCAUAGACAAAAUUAAAACCACCGGAAUCCUAAGAGCGACUAAGUUCACAACUUUUCACUUAACGUGGCACAAAGGAUUCAUAGAAUUGUUCACUGAGGGUCGCGAUAAGUCCUUGUUUCUCAUGGAAUACAAAAAUAAUUUGGUGGGUUUGAAGUUUAAGUAUUAUUCUGUAGGUGGUAGUAAAGCAUUAUGGUCGUUUCCUUUUUGCGUUAUGGACAAUGUUUGCGACGUGCACACAACUACAGCUCAUUUGUUUACACAGUUUAAUCAGCUCCGGAUAACCGAAACAGGUUUUGAUUUAAUUGUACACAUACGAGCAUUUCAUUCUGCCACAAUUUUACUAGCGCCUAGUCCUUCUUAUCCUUAUCCAAAUGUUAAAAUUACCCUUCAGUCAAAACUGGAUGGUUAUUCUCGUAUAAGCGUUGAACUAUAUCCCGACAGUAUUCCUAAAUUUAUUGCCGAACAAGACAUACCCGAGGUUGUCGAUUACUGGCAGUGGAAAGCGUUUCAGAUCACGAUUUUCUCUGACAAACUUCUGGUAUAUAUGACGAAGAACACCGGAAGCCACUUAAUUUUUGAUGUAAAAUAUCAUCACAUCAGUUUGGCCAGGUGAUAACUCAUAAAAUCCCAUUAUUGUAUUUUUAUGCACCCCUUCCCCAGAUGGUAUUCCGUAAGUAGCGGAGAAUCGGUUGCCCAGUGGAGUUUCUACUGCAAACCUCCUGACUACUU